CUUCCGCACGCGAACUUUGACCGGGUUCGAAAAGUAUCUCUCCUUUUUAUUUCUCUCUUCCUCCAGGCAGCUGUCGGAGAGAAGAAUGCCGCAGUAUUAUACGACAUUGUCCGCAACGACGUCGGUUGCGGCAAUGUGUUGCCAACGAUACGUGUGUUUAAUCGAACUAUUAGCUAAUUGCCUGCACCGUGCUCGCGCACUAUUAUUAUACUUCCCUUAUACCGCGAUGAUCAGAUUGACGUAAUUCAAUUCUUGAAGAAGCGCGCGUGGCAAUACGUACUUUGCAGGAGGAAUCGUGUGUGAAUUUUAGCGAUUGGAUCACGAGAGCAGCGGAAUUUGGGAGGAAGAAGAUUGAACGGUCAGUGUUUACGGUCGCCCAGCUGCUGCAUAAAUCUUUUUCUUUUCCGAAGAAAAAGGACGUCGAAGACACUAAAAAAAAAAAACAACGGAAUGAAAAGAACAGCUAGAACGAAGAGUUCUUUUGUCCUUCAUCAGAAAGUGCAGAAAGUGGGUGCAACUGGGAGCGCGGCGGCGGCGGCGGGCGAAGCUGCAGCGGGGCCGGGGAGAGAUCGGGAGAAGAGCGGCGAGCUGUAUCUCCUGGAGCGGGCGCACUCGAGCGGUCCUCCUCCCAUCCUCGAGAUGUCAACGGACGACGACGACGGGAUGUGCUGCAACUCGCGGCAGAACGGCAUCGUUCAGCCGCUGCUCACAGACUUGUAUCAAAUCACUAUGGCUUACGCCUACUGGAAGAGCGGCAAAAUGAACGACCACGCCGUGUUCGAUUUGUUUUUCCGCAAGAAUCCUUUCCAGGGGGAAUUCACGAUCUUCGCCGGUCUCGAGGAAUGCAUAAAGUUCUUGAAUAAAUUUCAUUAUUCCCCUAGUGAUAUCAAGUACCUGAAGUCGACUAUGCCUGCUACGGUAGACCAAAGAUUCUUUGAUUAUCUGCAAAGUCUCACUGCGAAAAAUGUCACGAUAUACGCCAUAGACGAGGGAUCCGUCGUAUUUCCAAGAGUUCCAUUGAUAAGAGUGGAAGGGCCAUUAAUUAUGGUACAGCUCUUGGAAACAACUCUAUUAACAUUGGUCAACUAUGCGAGUCUAAUGGCCACCAACGCGGCGAGAUAUCGCAUGGUCGCCGGGAAGAAUAUAACGCUGCUUGAAUUUGGUCUUCGAAGAGCGCAAGGACCCGACGGAGGAUUGAGCGCGUCUAAGUACAGCUAUGUUGGCGGAUUCGAUGGGACUAGUAAUGUCUUGGCUGGAAAGUUAUUCAAUAUACCUGUAUGUGGCACACAUGCACACGCAUAUAUCACAUCUUUCACCUGCAUCAGCGAUCUACAAGGGAAAACAUUGGCGCAUAAGCAAACGGGUGACGUUUUAGAUGUAUUGGAACUGGCUUGUAAGCAUCGCGAGACUAUUGCUGACGACUUGGGUGCUUUAGCCUCGCAGGCGUCCGGCGGAGAAUUGGCAGCUUUGAUCAGUUAUGCCGUCGCUUUCCCAGAAAGAUUCACCGCUCUUGUGGACACGUAUGAUGUUAAGAGCAUUGAGACGUCGACCAGGGGGCAGGCACAAGUGGCCAGCCUAAAUGUAAAGAAUAAACUUCUAACUAACGGGUCCAAUACACACGCCCAAAACCGUGUGAGAAACAACCCAUUUAUAUCAGAGCCAACUUCGCAACUUCACAAGAAUGGCUUUUUAAGACGAGGCGAAUUGGGUGAGCUCUAUGUGAGGAGCGGUCUGUUAAACUUCUGCGCGGUAGCAUUAGCUUUGAACGACUUGGGAUACAGAGCCGUUGGUAUCAGAAUCGACAGUGGCGAUUUAGCGUACCUCAGUAAUGUGGCGAGAGAUAUUUUCGAGAAAAUUGCCGUCAAGUACGACAUACCGUGGUUCGCAAAACUGAUGAUUUGCGCGUCCAACGACAUCAAUGAGGAGACAAUAAUAAGCCUGAACGAGCAGAGUCACAAAAUCGAUUGCUUCGGGAUCGGAACGCAUCUCGUGACGUGCCAGAGGCAACCGGCACUGGGCUGCGUUUACAAAAUGGUGGAAAUUAACGACGAGCCGAGGAUUAAACUCAGCCAAGAGGUCGGAAAAGUCACAAUACCAGGCAGGAAGGGCGCGUACAGACUGUAUGGAUCGGAUGGCUACGCGUUGAUUGAUCUCUUGCAGAAAACAACGGAGGAACCGCCGCAAGUGAUGCAGAAGGUUCUUUGCAGGCAUCCGUUCCAACAGACGAAAAGGGCUAAUGUUACACCAUCCCGCGUGGAGUCUCUGCACAAGAUAUACUGGAAGGACGGCAAACUGUGUCAACCAUUACCUACAUUGCAAGAAAUUCGCAAUAGAGUGCAAGAAUCUCUCAACACAUUGCGUAACGAUCAUAAAAGGAAUUUGAAUCCAACACCAUAUAAGGUAGCUGUCAGUGAUACUUUAUAUAGAUUUAUAGACGAACUGUGGUCUCAGAAUGCGCCGAUCGGAGAAUUACGGUGAAGCAUACUACUCUUAUACAAGAGUAUCGUUAAACUAGUCUCUAGCAAUUAUAAACACAGAGUAAUAAUCGAAUCAGGAAUCACAGUUUUACAGACGAAAUGCAUAAGUCUUUUCUCUAAUGUAAGAGCUAUGACAACGUAUCAUCGCAAUCGUAUGUGUGUGCACCAUAAACACGAUUGCGCCGUAGAAUAUAAUCACGAAAGAGAAAGAGAGAAAGAGAGCGGGGAUCCUAAAGAGCGUAUUUUUUACAUUUUCCAUUGUUGAAAAUAUCGAAUUAUAUUAUCAUCGUCGCAACAAUAUAUUUUGGUAAAUCUUGCGCAAAUCGUAUUAUAACAUACUUGUAUAGUUUUACACAUUUUAUAGAGAGCGAGAUGUUCCGUUACAGAAGUCUAUUUACGAGAGCAGUUAGAGCUUCGUCGCGCACACAUACACGUAUUCUUAUUCCUAUUUAAAAAGAAGUAAAAAAAAAGUACAAAAUAGUGUACAAAAAAAAGUACAUAUGUGUGUGUGAAAGAGAGAUUUUAGGCAUGCACAGCUAAAAAUUCCCGAAUAGGGAUUAACUCUAUAGAAUUAGUGUAGAUUAUAUAUGUAUACACGAUUGAAAAAGUAACAUUCAACGAAUGGCAAUAUUCGAUAGCGUAAUUGUUUCAGUACAUUUUUCUUAUUUCAAUCACGUUAUGUUGUGUUGUUGGUCUUUCUCUUAUUUUUCUUCUUUUUUUUUGUAUUUUCUUUCCAUCCCUUUUGGAAGAUAUGUUCCGUUAUAUACACUUGUAAAUUUUGUAUUGUAUUAAUUAUUAUUACGUAUUUGUAAUUGCUGAAGACUGCUUUAAUAAUAUUCUCGUAUAAGAGUGACACAUUCGAUAUAUUCACCAUUGUUAUUUACACGAAUGUACAAAGAGCGCGUAUAAGCAUAAUAAUUAUUAUAGAUAUUUAUAAUUUUACAAUACAUGUACAAUAUGUAUAAAA